AUGACACCAGAAAUGCUGGCAUUCUCGUAUCCAAUGGGAGCAGUUGUACAUUUCAGAUACGGCUUCCUCCUCCGCCGUACCCAUGACGUGAAGUUGUUCAACCCGUACUACACCAGGCCAUUCACGGCUCGGCUCUGGAAGUUCCUCACCGCAGCCGCUGUGGUGGUCUGCUGCCUGUUCUACCUCGGAGCCUGGUGGGAGAAAAGGCUGUUAGGAGAUCAUGUGGAAUGCAGCCUCGGGCUUGAGGUGCUGUUGAUUAUUGGGGGGUACUGCCAGCAUAUUUUUCCAGUGGAUGUAGUUUUUUCCUCGCGGAGAACAGCGUAUUUCACAUUCUUUCUGUACUCCUACAUCAUCUACACCGUGUAUACGUCUAACUUGCUCUCUCACUUGGUGAGUGAAAAGGAGAACGUCAUUAGAAUAGAAGAUUUAGAAUCAGGAAGUUUCGAUUUUGCAAUUUUUGGAAACAUGAGGCACAUUUUGGAGUACGAUUACACUUUGAACAAAAAUACACCAUUCUCGAAGAAGCUGUCUCAGGCAAAAGCUCUACCAAUAAAACAAGCUCUUGAUGCCCUCAGAUUUAACAGAACUGCACUGCUUUCUGACUAUAUGUCACUUUUUCCUGCAGUUCGAGCAGAUUUUACCGACACCGAGAUUUGUGAACUUAUUGAAAUUGAUCUAAACGAUGACGUGAGGAAAUACAUAUUUACUUCCAAAGAGUUUAAAUAUAAGGAAGAACUAAAGAUAAGCACCCUAAAGGCGAUAGAAACAGGUGUACUGAAAAGAUAUACCUCCUACGACGACUACCACCCUCUGAAAUGUGAGACAGUUCUGCACCAGGAAGUCAGAAUCGAACACGUUUGUUUGCCUCUGAUAGCAUUGGUGGCCGUUUUUGGGAUUUCAUUCAUUAUCAUGAUUUUGGAGAUACUAUUUUAUGAGUAUACUAAGGUGUGGCCGUUUGUAAAUUGA